UGCUGAUGAGGAAAGUGUACGUUCGAAAAAAAAGUACGUCGACGAGCAGUCGGUUCGGAAUUGGAAAGAUCUGCAAAGAUCCCAACCAUCAUCAUCUACCCAAAGAACCUACUGUAACUGACAAAGAACGCGAAGAUAUUCUAAAAUUUGUAGAAAAUGUUGUUACAGAGGAGUUAACGGAUGUUGAUAUAUUGCAUGAGAGUGAGGAAGGUGCAGAGGAGCUAAUCAAUGCUUUAGCUGAUGCAGAGUGUUCAUCUGUACUCUUACAUAAUUUGGCUUGUCUUGAUGAACUAGUGCCAGAUGAGAGAGAUGCUGUACAUAAUACUUUAGGGAUAGUUGAAAAUAUAACUGAGUUUCGUCCUGAAUUAUGGGUUGAAGAUGCAAAACAAGGUUUCAUUCAGUGGAUUCUUAAGAGAUUGAAGAUGAAAAUGCCAGUCGAUGCCAAUAAAUUAUAUGCAACAGAGAUUUUGUCAAUUCUUCUGCAGAAUACACCCGAGAAGAGAAAAUUUUUAGGAGAACUUGAUGGCAUCAAUGUACUACUACAAGAGUUAGCUGAAUUUCAUCAUCACUAGUUGAAUCUCCAGAGUGACUUUGAUAACAGGCGCAAGUCACCGCCAAAUUGUCAGCAAUUGCCGACAUGGCUAAACCGUUUGAGAAGGAAGACAUGACUGAACCGUACGAGAAGGGAAAGGUACACUGAAAGACACGCGUAUCAGGAAAUGAUACAUCGGAAGAAAAGUGAGCGUCUAUAUUUGUAAAGCAAAAGCCGAUACACUGACAUGAUACAGCUUAUGCUAAGUAUGGACGUGUUUUUUACAAAAUACGCCUUAAAGAUACGACAUGGACAAAAUGAGCGUCCAUAUUUAUGAUACAAAUAGUAGAUACGAUACGACUGAUCGUGAUACGCCAACAUGCUACAAAUGUGGACCCGGCUUAA